CAUGGGCCUGCCGACGACAGCCUAACACCCGCAACCAGUGACCCCUUACCCGCUGAGUGACCUAACGAUGACAAACUACCGGUGAUUUACAUACCAAAAAUUGCAAAAAGAAACGUGAAAGUGUAAAGUAAAAGUGACCAUUUUUGAAGGAUUUUCUGUGUUUUCGGCGAGGAUAUUAACAAUAUGAGUCACCAGUGGUGGUCAGCGGCGACGCUGGUGGCAGUACUAGUACUGCAGAGUACGCGAGCACAACAGUGUCCGUGGGCGGGACCGCCUGGCCUGCAGACGGCGUGCGUCUGCGCCUUCAACCUCGCGAGAGACCUCUCCGUACAGUGCGACCAGGUGGAUUUCCCGGCGCUGAUCGCAGCAUUAAACGGAAGCGCCAGGAACAUUGAGAUUGACCUGCUGUACAUCAACAACUCCACCAUCCCCGCGCUGACUGACAACAUGUUCGCGAGCCUCAAGAUACACAACCUGCAGAUAUCCGGCUGCAAGAUCAGGAAAGUAGAAGACGACGCCUUCAGGGGUCAAGGCCCAUACCUUAAGAACUUGAACCUGCAAGACAACGAACUUAACGAAGUGCCCGUAAAAGCACUAAAAAUUUUGGUUAAUCUAUCGCUACUAGACAUAUCUAAAAACCGAAUAACUAAUAUAGAAAAUCACUCGUUUAUCACCCUACGCAAGUUGACGACUUUAAAGAUAUCGGAUAACAAUGUGACUCUAGCUGAACACGCCCUAUCCGGCUUGGAAAAUUCACUGAAAAACCUAAACCUUAAAGGCACGAAACAAAAGACCGUUCCACAAUGUAUCAAGAACCUUCGCAGUCUAGCUUUCUUAGAUCUGUCACAAAAUAGUAUAAGAGAACUGCCCGGUCCCGAAGGCAGCAGCACAUUUGAAGGACUAAACUCAUUAACAGCUCUUAAUCUUGAGAGGAACUUGUUGGUGCAUCUCAGAGAAGACGCUUUUGCAGGAGUAAAACAUUCAUUGAGUUCCUUAAGCCUCUUGAACAACCUUUUGCCCGAAUUCCCAACGGCUGCAAUUGGUACUCUGACGGAAUUGAAAGUUUUGGAUAUUGGAUUCAAUUUGUUGAACAAACUGCCAAUAGAUGCUUUGUUGAAAAAUCCGUUAAUCACGUUAUUAGCACUGGAUGGUAACCCGUUACCGACCGUGCCAGAAGAAGCAUUCGUUCACUUGAAUCACACUCUCCGAGGACUGAGCUUAGGCGGCCGGUUCCUGAACUGCGACUGUCGUCUGCGCUGGAUCAUCGAAUGGAUCCGCAGCGGAGAACUACAAGUGACAUCUCGCGAGAGGAACCCACAAUUCUGUGGUCACCCUUCACAUUUUCGUGAACGUGGAUUUUACAGCUUUGAACCAAAUGAGCUUGUAUGUGAACAAGAAGUUGCAACAACGCCAGGAGUGCCCCCCACAUCUCCACCAAAAGAAGUCUGGAGAACACACCCGACUACAACAACCACAACCACCGCAAGAGCGACAAUUGAGAGUUCGCCGUCAACGUUAUCUAGCCACGUAACAACUCCAAGUAGUGAGGCUCCAAAAACUGUAGCAGUUCCGGAGACGACCACGAGUACAGCGCGACCUAAUCGCGUACCGUCAGUGCGUCCCGCGGCACCAACAUGGCGACACGCGCCGCAUCAACGGCCACCACUUGUCAUGAAUUUCCCACAGAAACCCAAGGUGGACGACACGAACGAAGUGAUCGUUAAAAAUGCCUACAGGCAAGAUAACUCUGUAAUAAUACAAUGGGACUCUGAUGUAGCAAACAUACUCGGUUUCCGUGUCGUGUACCGGCUCUUCGGCGAUAAAAGCUUCAAACAAGGACCGCCCCUGGAAGCUAGCGAAAGGGAAUUCAAAAUAAAAAAUGUCCCUUCCCAGGAAUGUAUCGUGGUCUGCGUGAUCUCCUUGGAGGAGGUGCACGUGAGUCCAGAGUCGGUGCCGUACUCGCAGUGCCGCGAGGUGCGCACGGUGUCGGCGGCGGCGUCCAACAUGGACAAGAUCACGAUCGCGGCAAGCGCGGCCAUCUGCGGCACCAUCGUGGUGGCCGUGCUGGUGUUCGCGGCCGCAUCCCGACGCCGCGCUCGCACCGUACACCGCCUGCACUCGCAGCUGCCCGACAAGCUGCCGGCUCCCUGCUGCGGCGGGUUGGCCGCCACGCCCAGCCCCAGCGGCCCGCUGUCCUCCCUCGCCACGCUCGGCGCGUUCGGAAAGCAGCGUGAGUGGGAUCAAGUGUCGGCCUAUAGCGCACGUUCGAUCCCGCGAGCACGAACCUAUACCGAACCGGCUCCUCCGGAUCCUCUGCCGGGCCGGCCGGGCCGCGCGCGCUCCCUGGCCGACGGACAAUCGCAACAUAGCUAUUCGCAUUCCGGCCGCUACGGAGCGCCCGGCUAUCCGGGCAGCCUUCUCGGAUCUAGAGCCGAUCUCCGGCAGUCCCGCCAGUCGCUGGGCGCGGCGUCGGAGCGCGCGUCCCGGCUGUCGCUGAGCGGCGCGGCGGGCGGCGCCACGGGCGGCACGGCGGGCUCGCGGCGCCGGCCGCGCUCGCGCUCGCGCCCCGCCAGCCGGUACAGCGUGGGCUCGCUCGGGCUCGGCUACUGCGACACCUCGGACAACUGGACCGACCACGAUAUGGACAUCUACAUGGCCCGGAACCCCACGACGCGAGGAGGGUUGGUCCCGUUAUAG